AUGCCAAAAUUUUUAUUGCUGGUUAUAUUUUCUCUCUCUCUCUCUCUCUCUCUCAUCUCUCUCUAUCUAUCUAUCUAUCUCAGUCUCUUCAUAUCUAUCUAUCUAUCUCAGUAUAUAUUGAUUUUUAUUCCUGAUUAUAUUUUCUAUCUAUCUAUCUAUCUAUCUAUCUAUCUAUCUAUCUAUCUAUCCCAGUCUCGUCAUAUCUAUCUAUCUAUCUAUCUAUCUAUCUCAAUAAAUACUUGUUUGGUUUUACGGCAUAUCAACCUCAAUGGGUUAUUUAAUGCCAACAACAUUUUUAUUGCUGGUUAUAUUUUUUACCUAUCUAUCUAUCUAUCUAUCUAUCUAUCUAUCUCACUUUCUGUCUUUUUGCCUGUCUAUCUAUCUGUUUAUCUAUAUACCUAUCAAUCUCAAUCUGUUCAUUAUCUAUCUAUCUAUCUAUCUAUCUAUCUAUCUAUCUUAGCCUGUUUAUAUCUAUCUAUCUAUUACGUUAGAUAUCCAACGAUGAGGCUGAGUGCAGUCUUUAGUAGAUUCACCACUUUCCGGUGUGCCAUACUGAAACGAUAUUACAUUGACUGCAGUAAGCACUACUGCUGGUCUCUGUCUUUGUCGUUCUGUUCCGGGCACGUCGUCAACAAGACGGGUAAUUCGGUGAUAGCAUCAUCGUGA